AUGAAUCAGAAUGAGUAUCUCCCAGUCAACAUGAAUGCUCAAUCACUAGCAUUUCCAUUGUACAUUCCUCAGUUUAUGAGUUCCCAAUAAAUCUUUUUUCCCUUCAUGUACUACUAGUUCCCAUACGUUCAACCCUUACAGCCAUAAUAAACUAUCCCACAACCUCCUUAACCGAAUGAAUAAGAACAAAAGAAAAGCUGUUCCUAGUUUGUAUCUGUUAGCGGUACACGAAUAACGCUGAAUCUAAAAUUGAUCAAAGAGCUACCUCAAGCCACUCCAACUACCAUCCAUGAAGAAAAUGAGUCGGAAUUAUUUAACAAAUAGAUAGACAAACAUUUUAAAAUUAUCAAAUAGAGCAAGAAUAUUAAGAGACACAUUUCCACUCGUAAUGUGCACGUAAACUCAGAUUAAACCAAUCAACCCUAUAAGUUCUAUUUUAGGAAAAAUGACGGCUUCAUUCAUAUAGGCAAAGGGCAUUAGACUGAGAUCACGAAGAACAAAUUCAAUUUCAAUAUGAUGAGAAUGAAAUUACAAUAGUUUAAGGUUUGGAAUCAAGCAAAUAUGCCCUUAUAUGAUGAGAUCAAACAGCUCUUGAAUUUGACUGAUGAUAAAACACUUUAAAUAUUAUCGUCAUUCAAAAACAUUAAGCUACUACACAGAAAAUUGAUGAACGGUGAUCCAAUUGCAUAUGAGGAAGUUUAAAAUCUACUAAUAAAAAAACAUAGUUAAUGA